AUGAAGUUUCUGGUACGCGCUGCUGCUGUGGCCAUCACAGUAGCGGGAAGGAGCGCUCGGGCCACUGUGGACGACCCUGAUGUCGGCGAAGGUUUCGACUUUCGUGGCAAAACUGUUGAGGCCGCCACCCAAAAACUGGUCCAUGCUUUCAUCCCUCCAAGUACUGACAGUGUACUUCACCAAGGUCCGACAGUCCAAGGACCGAUGGUCAGCAGUUCACACUCGACGAGUGGCGGCUAUUUCGCCCCAUUCGGCUUCGACGAGCCGUCCGAGACUCUGUACAAACGGAACGGUAGCCUUGCAAGGCUUGCCCCGAUCAUUAACGUCGCUCCGGAAGCCCUCAACCAGUCGAUCCCAACGAAUAAGUGGUGGGGGAACCUGAUUCACGUCACUGCUACAAACAAGUCCGAGAACUUUCCAGCAUGGGCUCAGCCUUACGCGUUCAUGCUGCCCAAAGUACCGCCGUUUGGGUUGCAGACGUACUAUCCCUACACGUAUCGUGAGAUGGCACCGGAAAUCAACGGCACUGUUCAAUAUUACGAACAUGGGAUCCACAACGACCUGAUGCUCUCAGCACGAGAGUUCAACGAGACGAGACCGACGUACGAAGUGUACUCGUGGAGUGACAUGGGUAUCAACCUCCGAAUUUGUGAUCCUCGUGGUACCAACUGCAUGGACUCAGCACUCUCGAGUGGCAUGGCGUUCGUGUCGGGCACGUAUGACUGUCUCACUCCACGCAUCGAAACCGAGUACAACAUCACAUUUGUGGACGAAUCGGUGCCAGGCAAGUUCAUUGUGUAUCUCAGCAACAACCAGACGUGGGUGCUAUACGCCAGUGAUACGAGUCUUUCGUUGCGCGUGGAAGAGUCGGUGAACUUCUCUAUGAACGCAUCGGGAUCGUCUCUUGUCGCGGACGAUACGUAUGCAGGCACGAUACGAGUUGCGAUACUACCGGAAGGUGCAGCAGACACACUGUACGAUGACUACGUUUCGUGUAUCGUACGGGGCGGUACUGUUUCGAUGGAAUCGCGCACGCAGUACUCGCUGACCUGGGAUGCUGAAGGCAGCAGCUGUGACACGGUGGGUUUGCUGCACUUUGCACUACCACACCAGGUCGAGUCGAUGACUGGAUCCCCGAUAACAGCUGAGACGCCGGGUGCCAUCAUGCUUAACUCAACUACGCGAGGUUUGAUGGUGGCCCAAGUGUCAGUGUGCUGGUCGUUCGUAGUACCUGAGGCAGAUAUCGAAAUCGACUUCUACCCAGCUAAGAAACCGACGCCUUACAUUGUUCAGGAAACCGACAUGCUUCGCACCUUGCAAGACGAUAUUUAUGCCAACUGGACUCUGGCUGCCAACAGUUGGUACUUUAACGGAAAGGCUUUGCAGAAGUACGCGUCGCUGUGUCUCAUGGCAGCGGACAGCACGGUAGUUGACUCGGACACGGUGCUGCUGGCGCAUUGUAUAGAGAAGCUGGAGACGUUGGUUGAACCACUGCUGAACAACACGAUGUCGCCUCCUCUCGUCUACGAAACGCUAUAUGGCGGGGUCGUGUCGGGUUUCAUUUUUGACACUGAUCAAUUGUACAUGGACUUCGGCAGUGGGAUCUACAACGACCAUCACUACCACUUCGGCUACUAUGUGACGCCCGCAGCGAUUAUCAAGCACUUGGAUCCGACUUGGUCUCGGAUGUCGGAGCUAGAAGACUUGAUCUGGAUGUUGCUGCGCGAUGUAACCAACCCAAGCCUGGACGAUCCCAUCUAUCCUCGGUUCCGUCAUUUCUCGUGGUAUCACGGACACUCGUAUUCACGUGGCGUGACGCUGCUUGACCAUGGCAAGGAUCAAGAGAGCACGUCUGAAGAUCUAAACUUCUACUACGGCAUGACUCUAUGGGGCAAAGAGACUGGCCACAAGGCGCUGGAAGAUCUUGGAAGUCUUAUGCUGCGCCUGAACGCGCGUACGGCCCGUGAGUACUUCUUGCUGUCUUCGGACAAUAAGAUUCACCCGCCCGAGAUCGUGCGGAACCGUGUCACUGGCAUUUUCUUCGAUAACAAGGUGUACUAUAACACUUGGUUCCUUGAUGAGAAGUAUGCAAUCCACGGCAUCCAGAUGAUCCCGGUGUCGCCGGCCAAUGCGUUGGCACGCACGCCAGCAUUCGUGACAGAGGAGUGGAAUGAUGUUCUGUCCAAGGAACCGAUUGUCACCAUGAAAAACAGCAACAACACGUGGUUGUCGUUGUUGUUGGUGAAUGGGGCGGUCGUGAACAAGAUGGAUUCGUUGUACAAACUGAUGAAUGCAACAAUGGAUGACGGUCUGUCCCGGUCGUGGGCGCUCUAUAACGCUGCUGCUGUGUGCUAA